AUUAAUUAAUCAAUCAAUCCCUCAAAAUAAAUUUCAUAACUCUCUCGCACGCUCGCUAUCCCCCCCUCUCUCUCCUUAAUUCAAUUUCCGAUCAAAAUUAGGGCACAAAAAAAACCAGUUUUCCGAUCACUUAUCCAAAACCACAAUUAAAGAUGUAAUUCACAUAUAAAAUCUCACCAAUUUCACUUUCUAGGGUUUCUAAUUAAUUACGAAAAAUCGCAUUAAUUUUAUUAGGGUUUGGUGGAAUUAUUAUACAUACAUAUAUAUAUAAUUAUAUUGUAAGUAGGAAUGAAAGGUGUGUGGAAUAGAAAAAAAGUUGUGUUGAGGCACUUGCCACAUAAUAUAUCUCAGGAGGCGUUAAUGGAGCUUAUUGAUGCCCGGUUUUCGGGCCGUUACAACUGGUUUUGUUUUCGUCCUGGCAAGAGCAGUCUGAAGACUCAAUCUUAUUCUAGAGCCUACAUCGACUUUAAGCAACCAGAGGAUGUGAUUGAGUUUGCUGAGUUCUUUAACGGACAUGUGUUUGUCAAUGAAAAGGGCACCCAAUGCAAAACCAUAGUUGAGUACGCGCCUUCACAGCGUGUUCCAAAGCAUUGGUCUAAGAAAGAUGGACGUGAAGGGACUAUAGACAAAGAUCCUCAGUAUCUCGAAUUUCUUGAAUUAAUUUCGAAGCCUGUUGAGAACCUUCCGAGUGCAGAGUUGCAGCUGGAAAGAAAGGAAGCUGAACGAGCUGGUGCCGCUAAAGAAGCCCCUAUAGUUACCCCUUUAAUGGAUUUUAUUCGCCAGAAAAGAGCUGCCAAGAGUGUACCUCGGAGGUCUUUGGUUAAUGGGAAAUUGGCGAGACGGGCUACCGGUGCAUCGUCUUCAAGCUCAAGUUCUGCUGCCCCGAAACAUGGUUCUGACAGGAGGAGAACUUCUACCACCAUGUAUGUCCCACGGGAUACUGCGAAAGGCAGAGGUGGCAAAGAAAAGUCAACCUACGUUCAGGUGCACAAACAUGAUGAUCAGCCGCUUUCUGAAAAACCCACGGGGUCAUCUUCUGCGUCUGGAAGUGUGGUGCUUGAGGAUGGAAGGGGUUCUUCUGGAACCUCUGAUAUUGGGAAAAAGAAAAUUCUGCUCUUGAAAGGAAAGGAAAAGGAAAUUUCCAAUAUACAGCAGAGUUCAUCGUCUGUUAAACUUUCCCAUGGUUCUGGUGGUCCCAAACAGAACCAGCAACGAGAGGCCAGUAGUGGGAGGAUUAUCAGAAGCAUACUUGUCAACAAGGAUGCACGACAACAUCAGUCUGAACAACAGAACCAGACUCCAAACCGGGAUAUUGUGGACAGAAGACCACCAAGACCUUCCAAUGCACUACUCUUGAAGGAUUCUAACGGAUUGCCAGAUGAUCAUGAUACACAUGGCUUUCACAAUGAGAAGCAUGACAAGCGUAGUACUAGGAACAAGGACAGACCCGACCGUGGUGUUUGGACUCCUCUUAGGCGUUCUGAUGGAUCACAUGCCAGUGACGAAUCCCUUUCAUCUCAUAAUUCUCAAUCUUCCCAAAUGCAACCAGAUUUUGCAGAAGGAACUCAUGGAGAGGUGAAGUACCCGUCAAAUGCCAGAGGUGGGGAAUUUAAACCGAUUGGAAGUGGACGUGGUGGUCAUUUCUCAUCUGAUAAUGGGUCCCAAAAACAUGGUGGUCGACGAGGACAAUCUCACAAUACAGCUAAGGAUGCAGAUGGGUAUCCAACCUUAAGUGAGGGAAAAUCUUCGAAAAGAGGAGUUUCUACUGGCCAUGGUUCUCAUGAGAAACAGGUCUGGAUUCAGAAGUCAAGUUCCGGUCCUUAGUCUUCUCAGUAAGUUGUGAUUGAAGACAUGGUUUUUAAACAGUAUUGAAGUUGGGAGAUGAGGAAGUUUUCUUUUGCUAGCUUCAUGAUCCAAGAAGAAGCAAAAAUGAUCAUGAAGUGAAGAAGGCUGCUCUGCUUAUUUGUGAGACCCUAGGGUAGGACGGAGGUCCAACCCUACUUACAAACGGAACAGUGAAAGGAAGCUGAACAGGAACAGCAGUGAUGUGUUUAUUUCUUGAAUGAAAAAAGUAAGUGUCCCUUUUUAUCGGGAGCCUGCGUGUCCAUCAAAGCUAUGGUUAUAAAUAUUGUUUACAUGGCUUGUCUGGUGGUCUUUAUAUAGGCGAUUUUUAAUGAUUUGAAGGCUGCCUGUAAAUACUAACUUGCAAUGUUGUGUUGCCUUAUGAUAUAUGAGCAUGUUUCUAUGGUGUUUUGUAA